CGGAGACUCUCUCUCUCUCUCUCUCUCUCUCUCUCUCAUGCGCGCGCACACACACACUUUCACGUUCUCUCUCUCACUCUAUCGCUCUCAUACGUGUAUUGACACGGUCUCGCUCUGUAACUGCCCAUCCCAUGCCUCUUCACUGCUUCUAUUUAUAAAUAUGACUAAAACGCACCAAGCUUUCCGUCAUUGCUAUUUGCUAAGCAAGCUAGUGUUUCUCGGCAUUAUCAUUCCGAAUUGAUACAAAAUGAUUCUCACCCCUUAUUAAAUUUCUGGGUUCUCGAAUCUCAAGGAUCUUCGACUGCUUUUAUCUGUACAGAUUUUUUUUUUUUCUGUAUGGCGAUUUCCUUUUCAUGUUCAUUUGCAAAGUACAAUAAUGUUGAAGAUGGCUUAGACUGUGCUAUGGCAAGAUCCAUCAAUUUUAGCAAAGAAGUCAAGACUCUAGUUCGGUCUGUUAGUUUCAAACAUCAGGGUUCAGAACCAACGAUAAGGAAAUGCCUUGGUUCUGGAAAGAUGACAAUAGAGAAAUCAGUGAGCUUCAAGAGGAAAGACAUGGAGAGAAUUAUUACAGCUAAGAUUCUGUCAUUUGACAGUGAGAAAAUCUUGCCUGCCUCAAGAAUUAGCCAAAACAGGAAAGAGAUGGAUGAUCUUGAUCACUCUCCUAGAUUUGAGUGUCUAGAGGAAAGCAUUCAUUCACAGACUUUGGAUCUGAACAACCCCAAACACAUGGCUGCUGUGAAAUUGCAGAAAGUAUACAAGAGCUUUCGUACCAGGAGAAAGCUAGCAGAUUGUGCAAUUCUUGUUGAACAAAGCUGGUGGAAGCUCCUGGACUUUGCUGAACUCAAGCGCAGCUCAAUCUCGUUCUUUGACAUUGAGAAACAUGAAACUGCCACUUCACGUUGGUCGAGAGCUAGAACCAAAGCUGCCAAAGUUGGAAAAGGUCUCUCGAAAGAUGACAAAGGUCAAAAGCUUGCUCUACAGCACUGGCUGGAAGCGAUUGAUCCACGUCACCGCUAUGGACAUAACCUGAACUUCUACUAUGAUAAAUGGCUCCAGUGUCAGAGCAGGGAACCGUUCUUCUACUGGCUAGAUAUAGGAGAAGGAAAGGAAGUAAAUCUUGAGAAGUGCCCUCGAUCUAAACUUCAACAUCAGUGUAUUAAAUACCUGGGUCCGGUGGAAAGGUUGGCUUAUGAAGUAGUUGUUAAGGGUGGAAGGUUCUUCUACAAGCAAUCUGGAGACCUCCUUCAUACUAAUGGAGAAGGUGGGUAUGCCAAAUGGAUUUUUGUCCUCAGCACAUUGAAGACCUUAUAUGUUGGUAAGAAGAACAAAGGUUCUUUUCAGCAUUCUAGCUUCUUGGCUGGAGGAGCCACAUCAGCUGCCGGGAGAUUAAUUGUUGAAUAUGGUGUUUUAAAGGCAGUUUGGCCUCACAGUGGCCAUUAUCGUCCAACUGAGGAGAAUUUUAAGGAAUUUAUUUCAUUCCUUCAGGAGAACAAUGUGAACCUCUCAGAUGUCAAGAUGAAUGCAGUUGAUGAUGAUGAAUUAGAGUCAGAGAGAGGCAAGAAGCAUGUUAGAAACCACUCAUCUAUGAAGGACAUGACUGAGAGCAUGAGUUGCUUGGAGGUUGAAGAGAUCAUCGACGAAGAUGAAGAUUUAUUAGAAGGUAAAGCCAAUUUAUUGCAGAAAGAGAGUUCUUCUACAGUGGCAGCACCCCGAACAAAGCUUUCUAUUCUAGGAAGAGAACUAAGCAACCUUGAGAUCCCAGAAAGGGGUCAAAUUUGUGAGAGUUUCCAAGUUGAGUCUCCUAAAGAAUUUCAAGAAGGUCCACAACGUUUUGUAUCAGAGCUAAAUCACACAGUUCUGAAACAAGAUGACACAAAUGGAGAAAGCAUUCCAGCAGAGUCGAUACUUAAACGGAUUAACUCCCACCAGGGAAUGAAAUCAUACCAACUGGGAAGACAGUUAUCUUGCAAAUGGACUACUGGAGCCGGACCUCGCAUCGGUUGUGUGAGGGAUUACCCAAGUGAGCUUCAGUUCCGAGCUUUGGAGCAAGUUAAUCUGUCUCCAAGAAGUCGCGGCCUCUCUAAAUCAUCACUAUCUCCUAGAACACCUACCGGGUUGAGCCGAAGAGUUUCAACACCACGAAGUUUGUUUAGUGAGACAACAACAAUAGGUACGCCAUCUGAAAGUGGUGAUCAUGACUCAAGAUCAGACUCCUUGCAGUUGUUUCGAGGAACAUCCGUAAUACCAGUUAUUUAUACUUCAUAACUGACUGAAGAGGGUUCUUUUCUUCUGGUAAGCAAAGAGGAUUCUUAAUUUAAUUUGUUCUUUGUGUGAAUAAGAAAGAUACUUGAAUAUUUGGUCAUUCAGUCCAUUAAUUCCCAUAGGUAUUGCUUUUUAUAGCAGACUGAAAGCUGUAAACUUUUAUAGGGUCUAUACUCUAUACACUUCUAUUAGAAAGGAAAACAGAUUCAAUCCUUUGCCGUAACAUUUGGAAGCCAUGGCAGAUUUCUUAUUUCAGAUGAUUUUUUGCCGUAUCUUGUUUGUAGUUGCUUUCUUUAUAUGGGAAGUGUAAAAAUUGUCACUGUACCAUUUGCUGAUAAGUUCAUAUGAAUUACAAAGAGACACAAGGUUUAUUUUA